UAAUACGGCAAUAUGAGAAAUCAUUGGGCAUUAAUGCGAAACAGAAAGUGAAAGAAUAGAGAAAUUGCCAAUUUGAAAAUAAAUGUAGAGUUAAUUAAUUUGGCGGUGUAAACAAAACUGAAUCAGUUAUAAAUGUUAUAAAUAAUAAGAAAAUCAACAAAAAUAAUAAAUCAUGUCUCAAGCAAAUUCUAUGAAACAAAUUGGCUCCCGUAUGGUGGGAGGUGCUGUGGAGCGCAUGGAAUGGAGCAACAAAAUGGAUUUAAUAGCCUAUGGCACUGAUCGAGGUGAAGUUAUAAUACAACGCUUGAAUUGGCAAAAGAUAGUUACAUUUCCCUCACUGGGUGAGGAUAUUGCGGUACGUUCGCUCGGCUGGCAAUUGGAUGAAACUGUUCUAGCUGUCGGGUACAGCAAUGGACGUGUAACGUUGCUUGACGCAGAGCGAGAAGAUCAAAUAUCUGUGCUCAACUUCGAGGAGGAUAUCAAGCGUGUGUAUUUUAGCAAAUCUAUAAAAACAUCUGAUUAUCGCAGCACUUACCGUAAUCGCACAGAGCAUACCUUCGAUUUUUUUCUACCACCACUGCCACCAUUAAGCGGCAUAGGCUCUUCCGCUAAAAUGCCAGAUGAGCAAAGAUCGUUUGCAAAAGGUUCACCGUGCUUUCUCGUUGUAAUAACGGUCACUGGAAAAGUGCAUUUACUAUUACUAGGCGCGUUACGUGCCGGUCAAAUAGACUUAAGACAGCAUGUUCAACAUCCCGAAGAGUUCACUGUGCACGAUGUGCGUUUAAGUGGCGACUUUAAUGCUAUAUACGCUUUGGUAACUGACGGUACAGAACUUAAGGUGCUACAUUUUCAUAACGCUGUGCUACAGGAUUACAUCUCACCAAUGCUACACUUGGCAGUGCAUUGCGCCAAUGUGCUGGAGACUAAGAAUUAUAUAAACGAAACAAUACAGUGCAUCAUGGAGGCAUGGGAAACAGUGCUGUUAGAAAUGGAUAAUAAGCUUACGAAAUAUGCAAAUCAACAGCCGGAAGGUUCGCUGUCCGCAGACUUUUUGGAAUUACUCGUGUUCGGCUAUGCCACACAUGAAAUUGAAGACUUCUUAAGGGAUGACUUAACCGAGAAGGGACUGAAAAAGUUGGCGAAUUCGGUGGAUCUCAGCUACUCAACUGUGGAAAGUCUCAUCACUAAGCAAUUGCAGAGCAGCGGUGUGAACAUGUUCUAUUUUCUCAACUCCUUGAAAGGUCUUAGCCGUAUUACUUAUUUCUUUGAGCCCUUACUCUCAUGUGAUGCCACACAAGAAGCGCUCCGUGCUUGCGGCGCGUUUCUGAUGAAAAUACUGGAAGUGCAGCAAGUCAUUGAUCAGUGCGUUAAUGACAUGAAAUUGUUUUUCUCAUGGCUCUGUAUUGUAAUUUUGCGUCUACAUCAACAUGACAUACCCGAGGAGAUGUCACAAAUCACGCCGGAGGACACCAUUUAUCUGGCAGAAUAUUUGAACAGUUUCGAGGAUAGCGUUGUGGAGAAUGAGGAUGGCACUGUAACAAAGCGUAAAUUCAAUUUGGAGAAAGUGGGUCAGUAUCUGGAAAAACGCAAUUUGCAGCAAAUCGUCAAAUCAGAUCCGCACCAUUUAUGGCAUCGUUUGUUGGAAGAAAAUGAAUGUUUACGCAAUUGUUCCUUACUAUUUCCACAUGAGAAGGAAACUUCACUUAUACAAGAACGUGAUAAAUUGAUGACAGCUGUAGACACUGUCUUCAGGCGACCCAGUGAGAGUAUUAGUGCUAGUUUCAAGCUCGAUGCGAGCAUUAUUUGUGCCACAUUGCCCGCUUCAGGAGAACAAGAUUUGGUGCAUGGCUCAUUUUUUGUGCAUGAGGAGGAAAAUACGGAUCUCUUAGUGACAACAAUAAAUGCGCAUGAAACACUGUUACUCGAGUUCAAUAAGCAAUUUACGCUAUUGAGAUGUGUACGCUUGAAUUUGCAACCAGGUCCAUUUACCAGCGAGGCGCUGCGUGAGGAUGUCUUCAGUACUUUGCGUUUUGUAGAUUUAGAGUUUUACAAUGAGAGCAUACUCUCAAUAUUGCUACAGAGUAGCGCACAAAAUGUUGAUAAGCAAAGCUAUUUCCUACAACUUGGACUGGAUGCGACCAAGGCAAAGCAGACACAGCAUUUAAUGCCGAAUAAUAUUAAUUUGUUGGAUGUGGCUUUUCCAUGCCAUCUACCAGAUCUGAUGGAGGGUCAUAGUUUGAAACCGCUUGAGGGCCUUUGCACGCGUUUGGCUGUGUCGGGUAGUCGAAAGGUUGUCACCGUGCUCUCCGAUCAGUGCAGGAAAAUGACCAUAUUCGAAAUGGAAAUCGAAGAUGAUGAGGAUGAUACGGAAAUGUCGCAAAAUUCGCUGUUAGAAAUAAGUAAAGAGUCUGCGACCUCUUCAAAUGAGUGAAAUAAAACACCGUUAUUUAUAUCUA